AUGGUCAAGCGACAUGCGCUAGAGCCUCUCGAAGAUGUUUACGACGCGCCAUCACCAGCUUCAAAACGCGCAAGAGUCGACGACGAAGAGAUGGACAGCCCUGAGCCAAACGGGACCACGACCAACGGACACAUGAUACCCUCGCGACUCAAAGACGAAAGCAAGAUCGACAUUGCAGGCGCAGAUGCUGAAGAGCAUGCGGAGCUUGAAGAGGCCGGCGCAUUGGACGAUGAAGACGACAACGAGCCCGCGAUCGCUGCGCCGAAGCGUCAGACUGCGCCAGAAGCAGGAUACACCGAUCUGUACCUCGACACCAUAAACCGCAAGGUGCUCGAUUUCGACUUUGAGAAACUGUGCUCAGUUACGCUGUCGAACAUCAACGUAUACGCCUGUCUCGUCUGCGGGAAAUACUACCAGGGUCGAGGUCCAAAGUCGCAAGCAUACUUCCACGCGCUGGAAGAGGGUCAUCACGUUUACGUCAACAUGGAGACGAAGAAGGUCUUCGUGCUGCCGGAAGGCUACGAGGUCCAGUCGAAGUCGCUGGACGAUCUCAAGUUCGUCGUGGACCCACGGAUGAGCAAGGCAGAGGUUGCGCGGCUGGACAAGGAGCCAAAAGUGUCUUGGGAUCUAUCGAAUCGAGAAUACAUACCUGGUUUCGUGGGCAUGAACAACAUCAAGGCAAACGACUACUUCAAUGUGGUAAUACAAGCAUUGUCACAUGUCGUGCCGCUGAGGAACUACUUUAUGUUGGAGGAUCUUUCAAGUCGACCACAAAUUGCACAGCGGUUCAGCACUCUAGUCCGCAAGAUAUGGAACCCGCGAGCUUUCAAGACACACGUUUCGCCGCACGAGCUGCUCCAAGAAGUUGCGCUGCGAUCCUCGAAGCGCUUCAACUUGACCGACCAAGCCGACCCCGUCGAUUUCAUCUCCUGGUUCCUCAACCAUCUCCACCUCGCAGUCGGCGGCUCAAAAACCAAACCCGGCUCCUCCAUUGUCCAAAAAGUCUUCCAAGGCUCCCUGAAAAUCGAAUCGCAAGAAAUUACCGCCCGCGCCGACGCAGGCGACCGUCUCCGCUUCGAAGACGCCGCCGUGAAAACCGAAAUCUCCAAAUUCCUCGUCCUGACCCUCGACCUGCCCGCCGCUCCGCUCUUCCAAGACGCGCUGGAAAAGAACAUCAUUCCACAAGUUCCCCUGACCACUAUACUCGGCAAGUACGACGGCAUGCGCCCACAAGAGAAGAUGAAAAACCGCGUGCGCUACCGCCUCUUACACCCUCUGCCCCCCUACCUACUCUUCAACAUCAAGCGCUUCAGCAAGAACAAAUUCGUCUCCGAGCGCAACCCUACCAUCGUCACAUUUCCGACAGUCAGCCUCGACAUGUCGCCGUACGUCGAGCCGAAUCCGAAAGAAUACCCGCCCGGCGAGCCGAUAUGGUACGAUCUCGUCGCCAACAUCACGCACGAGGCGGUCAAGAAGAAGGACGAUAGUGUCGAGGGCGAGCAGGAAAGUAAGGUGUGGAGAGUGCAGUUGAAGGAUCGCGCGAGGGAUGAGUGGUAUGGGAUUCAGGAUUUGUUUGUGGAGAAGGAGAGGGGCGAGACGCUGUUUACUAAGGAGGCGUAUGUUAUGGUUUGGGAGAGACGGAGGGGACAGCAGGGGGUGGCCAAGUGGAAGGGCAAGGCGUGA